AUGGAAGGACGAAGUAAGCACAUACUAAUACCUAUGAAAGUAACAGAAAUAAUGAAGAGUAAAAAAGAAAAAGUAAAAAAAGCAGAAGUAAUAAACAGAGAUUCUGAACAAGCCUCAUUAUUCACAGAUCCU